AUGUGUGCUGGGCAAAACGUCGCGAUAUUGUCCUGGAUUGAGGAAGUUGCGAGGAGCGUGCCCAAAACCCCGCCUAACACUGAUCGGUUUGAUAAGCUGGUGAGCAACCUAACGACGCCUUUUUCAACGCCAGUGAUUCAGCACAAACGCAAAAGGUCAUUACCUGGAACCGAAAAUUCGAUGCCACAGCCAGAUCCUUCGAAGAGACCCUAUCGAACUAGCUCCGAAACAGCAUCUACCAUUUCCGUCCGUCUACCUGACGAUAUCACCUCUUUGGCCCCAUCAAGUUCCGCAGCUAGUCGAGGUAGCAGGUCUCGUUCAUCUAGUCCAUCACGCGUAAAAGCAGAACUAGCCGCCGCCACUCCACGGGUCGUCUACGUACAUGAGUCUGCCGACCCGAAAAGCGUCGCUGCGAGUCAGCUACUGGCAACUCUAACACAAGGCUCUGAAUUCGGCCCAGACGAAAAUGUUGCUCAGAAAAUCUCAAACGCAUCGUGUCAAUGUGCUACUGAACUGCGCAGCGAAGGUUCCUGGUUGAACAAGGUCGCACUGCCGCUGUUAGAGGGAGCCAUUGCAGAACUGCCGUUAGAGUGUUGGAGCAUUCAAACAGAGUCCGUUGACCCUCAGUACCAACCUCGCUACACAGCCCGCGAUACAUACAACCACAAAGUGGACCUAGUUGUCGGUCUACCUGUGGACUUUUGGAAAGUAUACUAUGAGCAGGCUGGGCUCAAUACACCAGGGAAAUGCUUCAGCCAUAUGUCCCAUCCGCACACUGGGAAACGUAUUCUGGGCGCCGGUUUUGAGAUUAAAGCCGCGGACGAAAACUUGGUAGAGGCGCAGGUCCAGCUUGGGGUAUGGAUGACAGGACUACUGAUGUGGGCUUUCGCACAACGCAAGAGUGUGAAAAACUUACCUCCACUUAUUGGCUGUACUACUGUUGGAGAGGACUGGAAAUUCUAUAUUGCAAUCGGGGUCGAAGGGUCUGGAGUUCUGGAAGAAGUACGUAUCUGGGGUCCUUUAUCUGACUUGGAUGGCCGCACCACAAGUGUUAAACAUACCAUAUCUCUUUUGAGAACACUUCGCCGAGUCAUGGAAUACACAAUUGGGCAGUACAAAGAAAUUUUUCGAGCCGUUACUUUUGAGGCUUAA